UUGAUUGAAAUAUAUAUAUAUAAUGUUAAGUUUAAGCAUACGUCGUUACUAAAACUGUCCUAAUUGGAGACUGUUUGACCUUUGAACUGGCAUCCAUCUAUCACGGCCACAAGCAGGCUGUCCUGGUAGACACCAGGGCAGUGCCAGGAAUUGUGGCGAGUUAAGGGUCUUCCAAUAUUGGUCCCUGGCUAUAGUGACGCAAGAGGGAGCUACAGUUCGAAUUAAUAUCCUAUUAGGCUACAGUUACACCUACAAGCAAUAUAUAAGAAGAGUAAUGGGAGUAGCGAAACAUCUUACAAAAACCCUUUCUGAUCCAGAGCUCAAGCCGUUGGCAUUCAUUGCAAAGCGCAGAUUUUCAGGACUAUCGAGAACAUGAACUCAUACAUUUCAUAUGAAACGUCCGAGUUCAUUGAAGAGUUAUCCAGGUUGACGUCUACAAAUCAGACAAAUUUCAUCAAAGACAUAUCCAAGCCUAGAAAACGUUCGAGAUCACCUGCUGUAUCGAGAAAUGCAGCUAGAGAAAGGACUAGAGUCAAAAGUUUAAGGAAUGCAUUUCUAAAUUUGCAAAGGACCUUACCGUACGUUCCACCCAAUACAAAAUUAUCGAAAUUGGAUGUUCUGAUACUUGCAACCACUUAUAUUUCUCAUCUGAUGAAACUUUUAAAUCAGGAUACUGUAAAUUCGGAAGCCGAAUGCCCACUUUUAUCAUCCUGUUCCAUCGAGCUGAAGAGCCCUGUUUGGGAAUCCAGUUAUCUUCAUCCCGUCAAGAAAUGGCCUAUGAGAUCUAGACUUUACGCGGGUGUUCAAGAGGAUUCGACAAAUUUAUGCUUGGGUCUUGGUCUGUAUCAAGAGCCAACUAAUAAUGUCAAUAAACGACAAUUAUCGUACUGAGAUGAUUGGUGAUAAAUCGUUGCUGGUCAGCGAAUGAUGAUGAUGAUGAUGAUGAUGUUGAUAUUUACAAAAAUACAGCAAUAAUUUCCAAUUAAUACUCUUAAAUAAUUGAUUUUUAAUGACU